GCAUCUCAUUAGAUAGCAGCCGGCUGUGGGGCGACAACGACGAGGUUGGAGAAUUGCAUCGUUGGAGUGGGCAUUAGCGCAGCUGUGGCCGUUGGCUCUGGUCCCUCUUGGACCAGGGAAAAGGCACCCAUCGGGAAAAUUAACGAAGGAAAGAGUAGGUUAACGAUUUCUGCUUUAGAGAACUGCCUUCAACAGCUUGACACAGUGACUGAUCAAUGGAAGAUGAACUGAUUGAAGAUUAGGAGGAGGAAAAACACAUUCUAUGAAUGAAAGAAGGGAUGUGACAAUAAAUUGUUAAAUAGCGGCUUAUGUUUGUGCUUUAGUUGUUUGGAAUAUUUACUGACGUGCAAUUACAUUUAGCGGACAAAGUUCAAAGAAAAAGACACAAAAUGUGGACUUUCCUAGGAAUUGCGACUUUUACUUAUGUCUAUAAGAAGUGCGAUAACUUGAUGAACGUGAGCUACGCUAACAAGGAGGUACUGGGGGCGUUCCUGGUCUUUUUCUCCUUAGGGUUACUGCUGUCCUAUCGUUAUCGAUAUGGGCAAGGGAAGGGUCGAAAGCAGCCUUCCAACCUGGGCUUUAUCUGCCAGCUUCUCUCAUCCCUACCCCUGGCAAGCUCUUUCUUCAGCGGAACCACAGACCCCGACGGCACUGAGCAGGACAAAGCAAAGCAGCACAAGAAAAGAAAUGUCACUUUCCCAGAGUAUUCUACAAGCAUCAGGACUUCUUCCCAAUAUGAUCCAGAGGUCAUCAUUGUGGGGUCUGGGGUACUUGGCUCUGCCAUGGCCACUGUUCUUGCAAGGGAUGGAAGGAAUGUGACAGUGAUUGAAAGAGACCUGAAAGAACCAGACAGGAUUGUUGGAGAGUUGUUGCAACCUGGUGGAUAUCGAGCCUUGAAAGCACUCGGUCUUGAAGGUGCAGUUGAGGGUCUUGAUGCUUGCAUCAUAAAUGGUUAUGUCAUCCAUGACAUGGAGAGCAAGACAGAGGUGGAAAUCCCAUAUCCUGUGGAUGAAGAUGGUCAAGUGCAGUGUGGGACAGCAUUUCACCACGGACGCUUCAUAAUGGGCCUUAGGAAUACAGCUAGGGCAGAACCAAAUGUAAGGUUCAUUGAAGGAACAGUGACACACUUACUGGAAGAAGAUGGUAGAGUUACAGGAGUGCAGUACAGAGAAAAAGAAAGUGGUGCUAUGAAGGAACUGUGUUGUCCUUUGACUGUGGUUGCUGAUGGACUCUUCUCUAAAUUCAGGAAAAACUUGGUGAAGACCCAAGUCAGUGUUUCAUCUCAUUUUGUUGGCUGUAUUAUGAAGGACAUGCCACAAUUCAAACCUAACCAUGCGGAACUUGUCCUUGCUGAUCCUAGCCCUAUUCUCAUCUACCAAAUUUCAUCCAAUGACACGCGAGUGUUGGUGGACAUCAGAGGGGAAAUGCCAAGACAUCUUAAAGAUUACAUGAUUGAGAAAAUCCAUCCACAGCUUCCAGAGCAUAUAAAAGAACCAUUCCUACUCGCAGUUCAGAAUGAUCGUCUACGGACCAUGCCUGCGAGCUUUCUCCCUCCAUCUCCAGUAAACAAAUCAGGUGUGCUGCUUUUGGGUGAUGCAUAUAAUAUGCGUCACCCUCUGACAGGAGGUGGGAUGAGUGUUGUACUCAAUGACGUGAGGAUAUGGAAGAGUCUGCUGCAGAGCAUUCCAGACCUCUGCGAUAAUGAUGCAAUGCUGCAGGCCAAGAAGAAAUUUCACUGGGCAAGAAAGAAAUCCCAUUCCUUUGUGGUGAAUGUUCUGGCUCAAGCUCUGUAUGAACUUUUUGCUGCUACAGAUGAUUCUUUGCAUCAGCUCCGGAAGGCUUGUUUUCAUUACUUCAAAUUGGGAGGGCAGUGUGUCACAGGACCAGUGGGCCUUCUGUCUGUGCUUUCUCCUGAACCAAUGACUCUGAUUGGACACUUCUUUGCUGUUGCAUUCUAUGCUAUAUAUUUCUCAUUCAAGUCAGAACCUUGGUACCUGAAACCACGAGCCCUGUUGAAGGGUAGUCUUAUUGUCUACCGUGCCUGCUCAGUUAUUUUUCCCCUUAUUUAUUCUGAAAUGAAGUAUCUUGUUUACUGAAUUACAAAUGCAAAUGAUUAAAAAAAAAACAAGAACACGCAGAGCCUUGGCAAUAAUUGGACAUUUACCCUUGUUACAGUCUAAAUAUUGGAUGCAUAAUGCUGUCGAAAGACGUAUGACUUCUCUAUGGUGAUUUGUGAAGCAGGACUGUUAAUUCAUCUUACACCUUGUGGACUUGUGAUGCAAGUGUGUAAUUGCAAUCCACUUAAUGCGUGUUCUUGGAGCACCCAUGAAAUGGCUUGUCCUUCAGUGCAAAUCAAGCACUUCUCAAACAGCGCUGAUUAUGGCUGGUGGCACUGGCUUUAUGAAGUCUCACUGCUAUUGAUGAAGCGCUUCAUUCUUUUAUUAUGAUUGUUCAAACAAGCUUGUUCCUUAGUUAAUUCCUCAUUUUAAAAAAAAGUAUUUCCAAUCAUUUGAUUCCCACAGUAAAGCUGUCUCCAACAUGUGUUUUAUCACAGAUAUAUGCCCAAUCAUUCACUGUUGCCCUGGGCAUCAGAGCUGCAGACACCCUGAGUCUGAAAACACCUCCAUGGAAAUCAAAUCAUUCCUUUCUUUUAAAUACGUACUUUCCUUUGUAAGGAGAAAUGUCAGAUUCAGGUGUUUGCUUUAUCUGACUGCAUUAGAAUAACAUUAUUUGUAAGCAUUAAUAUUUGGAUUUUAAUGAUUCCAUUACUGUGAAAACAAUUUGACAGAUAAUAGCUUCUUCAAAUUAUAUUUUAGAAAAUAAUUGAAGGCAAUGUAACCUCACAUUUUUAGGAGGGUCAAGAAUAAUACCAGCUAUUGGCCCCAGGUUUUGAUUUGCAGAUGCCAUUUGAUCUUGGCAUUAUGGGUGGGUUUCAACCAAAUUAUGGCUAGAUUGCUAAAUGUAGCUCUUUAUUUAACCAUUUAAUGGUGCUUCUGUCCCUUUUGGAGACCAAUGAAACCAGACUUGCAUCUGCUGUUAGUGGCAAGGAGCAUCAAGAGAUAAAGAGCAAUUGUGGUUCCUAUUCUGUUGGAAACUAACAGUUACAUGGGGUAGGGAGGGGGAAGAAAGCAAAAGUCUUAAGUUGAUAUUAAUUUUCCACUCUUCCUCUACAAAAUGAUUGCCCAUAGGCCUUAUAUUUUUCUUAAUUUUAUAUAUACAUUUUGAAUGGAAACUUACUUGCAGUACUAUUUUGGAACCACCAGAUGCCACUAAUGUACUAAUUUACAAAGCAUGGCAGGCACACCAAGGGCUCAUAGUCAUAGGGAGAUACAACGCUGAAAUAGGCCCUUCAGCCCAGCCGAGUCAACGCUAACCAUCAACCACCCAUUUACUACGUUAAUGUCAUUUUUUAAAAACUCUCCCAUCAUUCUCAUCAACUGUCCCCAGAUUACACUAGGGACAAUUUACAGUAGCCAAUUAACCUACCAAUCCGUAUGCCUUUGGGAUGCAGGAGGAGAUCAGAGGAAAUGUAAGCAAACUCCACACAGACAGCACCCGAGCUCAGGACUGAACCAGGGCCUCGGGCACUGUGAGGCAGCAGCUCUACUAGCUGUGCCAUUCUGUCUCCCUGGUCAAUUGAUUUCCUUAAAUGAUUAAAGAAAUGCUGCACUUCCUUGUGCCUACAAUCCAAUACUCAGAUUUUCUUUUUUUGAUUCUUUAAGUCCUGCUUUAAAAGGAAAUUGACUUGUGCCAAAUGGGCAACAUAGCUAUCUUUUAAUCAUAUCCCCAAUCUGAAAUUUGUGCACUGUAUUAGAAGUGUAUAUAAUUGUAAAAGCAGCAGUAAAUUUUCACAGGCUAUAUUUGUUUGCUCUGUUUAGUUAUUCUGCCAGUAAUUCUAUGGAUGUUCUAUAUUAGUAUGUACAACAUUUUAAUAAAAUCUUUAUAAUUU